ACGUUUUAAAAAUUCAGCAGGCGCUGUCGGCAGUUGGCUCACUCCUGCGAGAAGAAAAUCCGUUGUUGUGGAGAGGAAGAAAGGCGAACAAGAAUUUUAAGGGACGUAAUCGUUUCAAAAACAGGAGCGUCAACCCCAAAUAUUGCGGGUGUUUGUAUUUCCAGCUCGUUCGUGGUCGUGUGCUUUAGCUAACAUGGCUUGUGGAGCUACGUUAAAGCGGUCGAUGGAGUUUGAGGCCCUCCUCAGCCCUCAGUCUCCUAAGCGGAGAAGGUGCAAUCCACUACCGGGGACGCCGAGUACUCCAUCCCCGCAAAGAUGCAACCUCCGACCCCCAGUCGACAGCCCAACACAUUCUGUGUCGCCCCAGCCCAUCGGAGGGGAACACAGGCUUACUCCAGAGCAAAUCUUCCAGAACCUCCGUCAGGAGUACAGUCGGAUCCAGAGGCGGCGGCAGCUGGAAGGAGCCUUCAACCAGGCCGAGGCCUGCAGCUCCAGCGACGCCCCCAGUCCCAGCUCCUCCCUCGCCGCUCCCAGCUCCCCACCAGGUGCCUCAAGGAAGGACCAGCCCUCGUUCACACUGAGGCAGGUUAGCCUCUUGUGCGAGCGCCUCCUCAAAGACCACGAGGAGAAGAUCCGGGAGGAGUACGAACAAAUCCUUAACACAAAACUUGCAGAACAAUAUGAAUCUUUUGUGAAAUUCACACAAGACCAGAUAAUGCGAAGAUACGGAGCUCGGCCUGCGAGUUAUGUCUCCUGAGCUCACAACAACGUGAUCCCAGCUUCCUCUCCAAGAUGGGUACUCUUCUACUGCCUCCUCCUCCACAGUUGAUUUACAUUUUAUUCCCCUAAUGCAUCUCUCCUCCCUUUUUUGUUUGGGUGCCAUGGUUUUAUCUACUUUUAUCAAUUUUUUUCCCUUUUUUUUCAAAACUAUUGCUGCUGGCCAAAAUCAGAAGAAUCUUAAAAUGAUCAAUGAACUCCACUUUCUUUAUUUUUCUUUUUUUGCUGUCAAUAUGCUCAUUCCAGCUCUACUGAAGAAAAUCUGAUGUUUUAAAGUUUCUGCUGGCGCUGUAGACAACGCUUUUUUCUUUUUACUUUUUUUUUUUUUUUUGCUUGUGAUCAUCCUAAUAUAAACCUCCAACAGCUCUAUUUAAUGGAGCUUGUGCUUUUCACUUUGUACCAUGCCCCCCCCACCCUCUUCCUCACAGCUCUUAACCUGAGAAUGUGGAUUUUUCUCCCUUUUGAAGAAAAAUAAAUAAAACUUCUGUGACUAAAA